CAGAGCUUCCGUUGCCGGAUUCCAGGGUCAGUCACGCACCGGCAGCUCCACACUGUUCACUGGACCCCGGUGAACUUUCUGUCUGGAGGGGCGUUUAUAAGGAAAAUAAGGCGAGAUAAACCGACGUGGACUCGGACCCAGUGAAAGAGACGCGUACACGUCACGUUGAGGAUACAAACGACUUUUUGUGCUCCGGGGAACUCAACAGUUGCCAUUUUUGUGUUUCUAACAGCUGUGAACCGUGUCGGCUAGACGCUCCGAGAGAAAAGAAGAAAGUGACUCGUCAGCACAGCAGCGAGCUUGAGUCACGGACGGUUUCAACACUUCUAAAAGGGAGGAUUAAUGAGUUGUUUCUCUAUCUCAGGAAGGUGUUCCGCUUUAGUUUGACUCAUUGGCAGACAGACACUCAUCCACCCAGGCGGCUGCCUGCCUCCAUGUCUGCCGAGCCCCGCUGCUGGAGCAGCUGAACCGGGUCGCCCCUGCAGUUGUCCGGCCCCUGUCAGGUGAAGGCGUGGCGCGGGGCGGAGGUGCUUUGUUCAUCAACACCUGAAUGACAGUGUGUUUGUGGAGUAACCUGAGAGCUCAGAGUCCGUGUUGAGGAACUGUUCUUGCGGUUUAUUUCACUCAGGUGAAAAUCUUCACCCACCGGAGGGAUCUGUUUACCACCACGCGAGCCCACGUCACGCGGACACGAUAUGGACCGUAAUGACAGAUCGCACUCUUUCGAGGUUUGACCCUUUGGACCGACGACUGGAAACUGGGUCAGAGUGGUUUCGGUACUUAACUGUUUACUGACCGGUGGAUAUAUCGAGGUCAUGGCGCUGUCUCAGGUCCAGUGUCUGGACAACCACCACGUCAACUGGCGCGUGAGCGAGAGCAAACCGGAGUUUUUCUACAGUGAGGACCAACGGCUGGCGCUCGAGGAGCUUGUCACCAAGGGCCGCGAUGCGUUCAAGGACUACAUCCACAAGAGUGGCGUCCGGGAGUUCCUCUCGGAACAGGAGUUGAAUCGGAUUGCAGAGACAGUGGAGGCCUACCGGCCUGGGCACGAGCAUCACCAGAAGCCAGAGACCCCGGGGCCGGGGAACCUCACCCCAGGGCCGGGGAACCUGACCCCGGGGUCCGGGGAGGAUCUGGGAGACGGUGAGGUGUCCCUCCAGUACUGGCCUGAUCGGUCUGAGGCCUCAGUGGCAGAGCUGGAUCUCGGCUGGCCCGAGGCCAUUUCAUACCGAGGGGUCACACGCGUGACAGUGUACACGCAGCCACCAACCGAAGGGCAAACGCACAUCAAGGAGGUGGUGCGGAAGAGCAUUGCAUCAGCACAGAGGGUGAUAGCCGUGGUGAUGGAUGUGUUUACAGAUGUGGAUAUCUUUCGAGACUUGCUGGAUGCAGCCUACAAACGCAGAGUUCCUGUAUACAUCAUCAUUGACACGGCUGCAGUCCCCUGCUUUCUUUCCAUGUGUGGCAGAGCUGAUAUGCACCGUGGACACCUAAAGAAUCUACGUGUGCGCUGCGCUGGUGGUGUAGAGUUCUUCACACGGUCAGCACAGAAGGUGCACGGAGCACUGAGCCAGAAGUUCCUCUUGGUAGAUGGAGACAGAGCCAUCUCUGGUUCAUACAGCUUCACCUGGUCCUCAUCUCGUUUGGACCGUAACCUCAUCACUGUGAUCACAGGACAGGCGGUGGAGACCUUUGAUCUGCAGUUUCGUGACCUUUACCUCAUGUCCAGAGGUGUGUCUCUCAGCAAGGUCCCCAUGGCAGAUGAACCAAUCCCUGACCCGGUCCCUCAGGCAGCUCCUGCUCCAGUGUCAGCUGCUGUUGCUCGGAAGCUCAUCAAUCCAAAAUAUGCCCUCGUUGCCACGGGGACUCACGCAAGUGCCACUUCUUCUGACCAAAAUUCCAGCAACAAGAACUCCCAGAAUCCCACUGGGCUCAAGUUCAUGAAAGCACGUCUUAGGCAUGUCAUCGAAGAGCCACCCUUACAUCCGGGAUUAGCGCAUUUGGAGAAAGCGAACCUGAUCCCGUACCUGCCCAUCUGGCCAGAACCAGACCCACCAAGUGAUGUGAUUGGCUUUAUCAACAUCAGGGACGAAAAGAGAGCCCACCAGGUUCACUUACAGAGGUCGGAGAGGUUUGAGGUCAGCCAGGCUAUACGCUUCAGCGCACCUUUGAUGCUGCCACCACAGAAAGAGGAACAGGCUUCAGGUCAGGUUGCAAAAACUGCAGUGGUAGCAGAAAAUCCUUCUGAGAGUACAGGUGCAAAAGCCUCUACUCCUGUGAGUCCAACCAACAAACAGCUCAAAGAGCAAACACACACAGCUCCGAAUAAAGACCAAACGGAUGCGACAGAUUCCAGAGGGCCCCCUCAGCAGCCCAACACACCUGUAACACAAGACACACACAAACCAAACACACCAUCUCCAUCCAAUGUUCCCGCUGAUUCACAGCCAACAGACAAUGCUAAACAAACUCCAGAGACUCAAACUGCAGCACCUCCUGUUCCUAAACGCCGCACACUACAGUUAAUCAUAGACCCCGCCUCCCCAGAGGAGCCUGGCCAACCACAGGUCACUCUGAUGAAAAUGGACCAAUUGGAAAGUCUAGAUGGCUUCAGUGAAAAAGAAACCCAGAAGGAGCCGAGACUAGUCCGUGGCCGUCUAAUAUCAAAGGACGACGGCGGAGACUCUGGCAGCACCGGUGAGGGCAGCCAAGACAGCACCAAGGUCAUGUGCGACCGAGCACAAAAUGACAAUCCCUCAAGUAACUCCACUGCAUCAGAGGAGGAGUUCUAUGAAUGUCCCCAGCCACAGCAGAGUGACCCCCUGGCCAAUGGAGUGUCGUCAGGGUCAGGGCGCGGGCAGCGCCAUGGAGACGGGUUCAACAUGAUGGCCCGCUUCUCCCAGAGCAUGCUGGAUCUGCGGGAGCCCAUACCGUCAGAGGACAGCACUGCCCUCAUCCGCCAAUCACAGCAGCUCCGCAGACAGGGGAACCCCUCACCGCAUAGGCACAUAGGACAGUUGUUCCAGACCUCAAAAUCUCCAGCACAUGAUCCACGACAGAGAGCACCUAAAGUAAUCAUCGCCAAACCAGGAAGUUUUCAUCGUCCUGCCCGAGCAGCUGCCCCUGUGAUUGGAGGACACCGUUACUGGCAGGGCCAAAUGCUGCAGCCUGAUUCAGCCCAGCUGCGUGUAGAGACACGCUCUGGCCGAUCACCACGACGCCACAGCCCAGGUUACAGGAAAGGAGGUCACACCUCGCCUCAACCACCAGCCAGCCCUUCUGGAUUACUAGGAGUAUCUUUCUCAAAACUGAGCAAUUUUAGAGUCUUGCGGGCGCGAGCUGCAGGGCCACAAAAGAAGGCAUCUCAAAAUAACAAGGCUGACAGGUAGAACUGUGGGCCAGCACAGGUACACAAGGAUGAGUGAUGACAUAUGGACUUUCUGCUAAGAAAGUGGUGACUCUUCAGUGUGGAAUCUUCUCUAUUUCUGGCAUGUGUGUCAUUUCCUGCUUUCGUUCCCUGAGGCCCAAUAUACAACAACAAUUAAAUUGGGAUUUUUCAACUAUGUCAAUAAGAGUUGGCAGUUUAAUUUGAUGAUGUGUUUUGAGAGGUAUUGUCUGUAAAUUUGUUACAUCCUUUUCCAAACCAAUGCUUGACGGCUAAAAGCUUACAGAGGACGGUACUGAUAUGGAGGAGAUGAACUCACUCUUUUUAGCACAGAUACCUUCAGGAGUUGUGCUAAGAUUUCUACUAGAGGCACAGUGUAUUUUGUAGAUGAACCAGUCAGCUGUCGGUCAGCUGUGAUAGUCUCCUCCGCCAACUCGAGCACUUCCGUUUUUUAAACAAUCCUUUGAACAAAUAUUUCUUAAUUACCUCAUGUGCUUUUGUUUUUCUGAAUUUUGUACACAAAAUUUUAUUUUUCCGUAUCCAGCCUACACACAUGCACUGUACCUGUGACAUGCAGAUCAGCCGAUUGUGUCUCCUCACUCAUAUGCGAGUCAGGCUCUGGUGAUUGGUUACUGAUGGUGUAAGGGUGUCGAUGGUAUAUAUGAAAUCUCAAACACUGAUGUGGGACCAAAAGUGAAUGUUGUUAAUAAAAAGACAGAUGUUUGCUGAC